CAGUUCAUAAGAUGUCACUUGCAAGGGAUACCAUUAGCUCCACUCAAUUCCUCAAAUAUGGUGACACCAUUGUUUCUUCUGCUGGAAUCUUUGAGAUGGGGUUUUUUAGCCCUACCAAUUCUUCUCACAAUAUCUAUGUUGCCAUAUGGUACAAGCAAACACCUAUUCGCACUAUAGUCUGGGUUGCCAAUAGAGACACUCCCCUCAAUAAUACAUCUUCAGUAGCCUUGAAGAUCAUCAGUUUUGAUCAUCCUACAGAUACUCUAUUGCCAGGCAUGAAACUCGGGACGAAUUUCGUUACUGGUCUUGAGAUUAGUGUGUCAGCAUGGAAGACAGAAACUGAUCCAGGUACAGGGCAAUAUAGGACUACCCUUGAUCCUACAGGGUUCCCACAAGUUGUGUUCUGGAAAGGUGGAAACAAAAUGUAUCGAUCUGGCCCGUGGACUGGUUCGACCUGGAGAGAUCUCGAAAAAUGGGGUCUAUCUGUUGAAACUUCAGUAAUCAUUAAUGCAACUGAGGUUAUGACAAGGGUGUUGGUUAUUAACACCACAAAAUUAAUCAGGUUUGUGAUUACAAGCACAGGGACUUUACAAAUGGAUAUAGGAGAAAAUGGGACAGGUAAAUGGAACAGUUUCCCUCUUGUACCAAUAGAUGCUUGUGACAAAUAUGGAAUAUGUGGACCCUAUGGGUAUUGUGACAAUAACAAAAACCCUGUUUGUGGAUGCCUGGAUAAAUUUGUGGCUAGAGAUCCAGUAGAAUGGGGAAGUUCAGAUUUCUCAGGGGGGUGUGUUCGAAGGACACCUCUGAAUUAUUCAUCCUCAGAUGCCCAUGGAUUCAAGAGAUACUCAGGUGUUAAAUUGCCAGAUACGAAUGUUUCAACAUUCUAUAAGAAUAUGACCCUUCAAGAGUGCAAUAAUGUUUGCUUGAACAAUAUCUCUUGCAUGGCUUAUUCAACUCUAAUGAUAAGCAAUGGAGAAAAUGGGUGCUUGCUUUGGUUUGAUGAUUUGAUGGACAUUAGAGUGGUAGUCAUACCUGAGGACGGCCAAGAUCUUUACAUAAGGAUGGCUUCUUCUGAUUCAGAUUAUCCAUCAAGAUCAGAGGGCAAGAAAUUAAAAAUUAUAAAAUUGAGUUCAUCAAUAUUGGGUGGAAUUCUGGUGCUGAGCUUGACCUCGACUCUGAUCAUAAUAUUGUGUCGACGAAGAAGGAAGAAGAUCCAUUUAAGGUAUUCUAAUAACGCUAAUGCAUUUGUUAUCACCCUCACACAAGAUACUAUUUAUGUAACUCUCUCGCUCAUUAUCUCUAUUGACAAUGUCAUAGCUACUGACAACUUUUCACUAAGGAACAAGAUUGGAGAGGGAGGAUAUGGACCUGUUUACAAGGGUGUUCUAGAUGAUGGAAAGGAAAUAGCUGUGAAACGACUUUCAAAGACAUCUAUGCAAGGGCUUAGAGAAUUUAAAAAUGAAGUCAAUUCUAUUGCCGAACUUCAACAUAGGAAUCUUGUGAAGCUUCUAGGAUGGUGCAUUCAAGGAGAAGAAAAGAUGUUGAUCUAUGAAUAUAUGCCAAACAAAAGUCUUGACUCAUAUAUAUUUGAUAAUAAAAGAAGAGCAUUACUUGAUUGGCCAAAACGCUUCAACAUUAUCAAUGGCAUUGCAAGAGGACUUUUGUAUCUGCACCAAGAUUCUCGAUUAAAAAUUAUUCAUAGAGAUCUCAAAGCUAGCAACAUUUUGUUAGAUAUUAAUAUGGACCCAAAAAUAUCAGACUUUGGCUUGGCAAGAAGCAUUGAAUUAAACGAGACAGGAGCAAAUACAAAUCAAGUUGCAGGAACACUUGGUUAUAUGUCUCCAGAGUACGCCGGACACGGGAUCUUUUCUAUCAAAUCAGAUGUGUUUAGCUUUGGUGUCUUGGUACUGGAAACUGUGAGUGGGAAAAGAAAUAGAGGUUUUUCUCAUCAUCAAGAUCACUAUGAGAACCUUCUUGGCCAUGCAUGGAAGCUAUAUAGAGAUGGUAGAUUGGUUGAACUUGUAGAUGAGCAUCUGAAUGAACCAUGUGAUUCUCCUGAAAUUCUAAGAUCAAUCCAUGUUGGCCUAUUAUGUGUUCAACAUUGCCCUGAAGAUAGGCCAACCAUGUCUUCGAUAGUACAUAUGUUGGCAAACAAUGUUGAGUUGCCUAUUGCUAAAGAGCCUGGUUUUUUCACAGAAAGCAUGGUACGAAUUGGAGCCAAUUCAUCUUCAAGCAAAGAAAUAUCAUGUUCCAUAAAUGAAGUCACCAUUUCAUUGCUCGAUCCCCGUUAAA